ACAAACAGAAAUAAGUAAACGGAAGCAAAAUAUCAUUAAUUCUUUCUGCUUGUUUUCUUCAAAACUAAAAUAAACAUUAAAUAUUUGUAAGCUUUUGUUUCGUUAUCAGAUAAAUUAAAAUUUUUAAUAUAGCUCUAAACCAUGCUUAUUUUAAAGUAUUGUAGAAAAUGAGAAAACGAAAUGAUUUCGAAUAAUAUUAAUAUAGAUUAUACAACUUGUAGAGAAGAUUCGGAAACUAAUAAUUCAAUAAUUGACAUAACUCAUGAAAAAUCACGUUUGUGUAGUAUAUGCCAUAAAAGUUUCACGCAACUAUCCUGCUUAAAAGAACAUUAUUUGGCUCAUGAUACUGAAGUGUCCUGUUCCUCUAAUAUCUGUGAUGAAAGUUUUAAAGAAAAAACUUCAUUAAGGCUUGCGCAAGCUCACUCCAUUUUUAAACCUGCAGCAUAUGAAAAAGAUUCUGAAAAUAACAAUUGUUCAGCAACUCGAGAUAUUGAGACAUCUCCUAAAAAAUCACUUUUGUGCAGUAUAUGCAAUAGAAGUUUCUCACAACUGGCCUGUUUAGAUGAACAUUAUUUAACUCAUACAACUAAAGUAUCAGAACCAUCUAAUGUUUGUCAUGAAAGUUUAAAAACAACAACUUCAAUUACGCAUGAAUCUGGUCACUCUGUUUACAAAUCUACAACAAAUUCUGCAAUUAAUGAUUGUUCAACAACUCAUGACAUUGAUCCAAUUCCUGAAAAAUCAUUUUGUUGUAGUAUAUGCAAUCAAAGUUUUCCCCAACUAUCCUAUUUAGAAGAACAUUAUUUGACUCAUUCUACUGAAGUUUCAUAUUCAUCUAAUAUCUCUAAUGAAGUUACUCUUGAAAAAACUUCAUUGUCACCUGAACUUGCUCACUCCAUUUACAAAUCUCAUUCAGAAAAUAGUGAAAAUACUCAAGAAAUAAAUUUAACUUAUGAUAAACCAUUUUGUUGUAGUAUAUGUAAUGAAAGUUUCUCUCAACUAUCCUAUUUAAGAGAACAUUAUUUGGUUCAUUCAACUGAACUGUCAAAUUCAUCUGAUGUCUAUAAUGAAAAUUAUAAAGAAAAAAACUCCUUAACACAUGAACUUGCUCAAUCUCCUUACAAACCAUAUUCUUGUAAUAUAUGCAAUCGGUCCUUUGCGGAUGUGAAAUCGUUAACAACACACAUUCGAAAAUGCCAUUCAAGUUCGUUGGAACAUAAAAAAACUUUUGCAUGCAAUGUGUGUAAAACAAAUUUUUUAUGUAAAGUGUCUUUGAAUCGGCAUAUGCUCGUUCACACAGAAGUGCAAGAAAGAUCCCAUUCAUGUGUUGUGUGUGGUAAAAGUUUCACUUUUAAGUCUUCUUUAGCCAAACAUCAGCUCGUUCACAGUAACGAAAAACCUUUUUCGUGUAGCUUAUGUGAUAAAACAUUUGCACGUAAAUCAGAAAUAGGCCAACAUCAUCUGACCCAUCAUAGUACAGAAAGGCCUCAUUCCUGUAGUUUGUGCAAUAAAACUUUUAAACGAAAAAGUUAUUUGACGUCUCACUACCGAACUCAUACGAAUGAAAAACCCUUUUCGUGUACUAUGUGCUGUAAAACAUUUGGCCAAAAAAGUCACUUACGUGUUCAUUUACUUUCCCAUGAUAUAAAUAGGAAGAAGCCGCAUACAUGCAUCACUUGUGGUCUGUCAUUUGCAGUAAAAACUCAAUUAAAAAAUCACAACCUUAAACACACUGGGGAAAGACCUCAUAGGUGUUCCCUGUGCGGCAAAUGCUUUAGACUAAAAGGAGAUUUAAAUCGACACUCUCUCACUCAUUCUGACGAAAAACACCACGAAUGUGAGGUUUGUCAAAAAAGAUUUGCAUUGAAAGCUCAGUUACUUAAUCAUUCCUUGAUACAUUAUGAUGAAAAGCUUUAUGCGUGCAAUUUGUGUGGUAAAAGCUUUAAACGGGCUGAUUAUUUGUAUUCUCAUAAGAAAUAUACUCAUAAAUUAGGAAAAGAAGAACUUAAACUUUGACAUGUUCAUAUUCUAAUUAAAAUUUUGUCUGGAAAUAUAAGAAACUUAUUUUCUAGUUAAUAAAAAUGAGUUAAAGUACUGCAGAAGCAUUCUCAUAGUGUACCACUUUUAUUUUUUAUCUGCUAGCUGUAAUUGUCAAAAGUGCUACUGAUGUGAUUAAAUCAAUUAAAUUUAGAAUUAAUUCAGAAUAUAUUUCCUAGAAUAGGCUACAUAUUUACACUUCAAUGUUAAUCCUUACUAGGAUAUUUUUUUUAUUGAUUGUGCGCCACUAUCCGGUUCUCAUCAAGCUAUGGUGGUAUUGGUAUGGAAACUUACCCAGUACUACCUUUGCAAGCACAUUUUUCCCCUCUUUUAUUUAAAAAGGGCAAUUUCUUAUGGGUAAGAAAUAGUUAAUCUUUUUGAAAUCUGUAAACCUGAUGCAUUUUUCAUAAUGGAUGUUUCUAAGCAUUGCAAAGAGUGUACUAUAAUAAAAUCUGAAUUAAAUUCAUUUUUUGAAACAA